AUUACCAUCGUAUGGAAAUUAUUGCGCGGCAGAGGAGGCCCUUUUCCCAUGGCUUCGAGGCGGCUCUCCAAGUCCCUCCCUUCCGUCUCCGCCCUCGCCGCUCUACGCCAAAACCCGGACCGUAAUCCAAGCCCCAAUCGUGCCGCGCUCUUCGAUCUCUCCUCCGUCUUCGACCCCUCCUCCCCCUCCGCCGUCGCCUCCGUAGUUCCUCUACCGACGCUCUCCCUCUCCGCUGCCAUCGCCCCGUCCCGCCUUGCCCGCUUCUUGGAGUCCCAGCUUCAGCCCUCCUUCACCCCCGCCGAACUCCUCCGCCUCCUGCGCCGCCGCAUCCGCCAUCACCCCGCCUACGCCCCCUACGACCUCCACGUGUUCCUCUGGGCCGCCGGCGUCGACUCCUUCCGCCACGACCACUCAACCUACGAGUGGAUGACGCGCACCCUCGCCGUCACUGACCGGCUCGGUCCCUUGCGUCUCCUCCUUGGGCAUAUGGUCGCCCACCCCUGCCCCUGCGCCGAUGGCAUUUUCGCCUGCCCUCGCCUCGAGCCCACCUUCCGCUUCGCCAUCCACGCCUUCUGCCGCGCCGGCCACCUCAACGAUGCCAUCUCCGCCUUCGAAGACGCCCGGAAGUCCGUCGACGGCCGCCCCAGCACCGCGCUCUACAACGCCCUGAUCAACGGCUUCGCUCGGCAGCGGGAGCAUCAGAAAGCCGUCGACUUGUAUAAGACAAUGCUCAAGGAUCGUGUCAAGCCGGACUCUUUCACCUUCAACAUCUUGAUCAGCAGCUGCCUCCGAUGCUCGGACCUCGAUUCGGCACUGGAUUGGUUCCGAGAGAUGAGGGCGAGGGGAUGCGAGCCGAACGUGGUCAGUUUCAAUACUCUCAUAAAAGGCUUCUUCACGCAGAAGAGAUUUAAAGAGGGAAUUGGGGUUGCUAGGGAGAUGCUUGAUCUGGGUUGUGGGUUUUCGGUUGCUACUUGUGAGAUUCUUCUGAAUGGUCUUUGUAGAGAGGGCAAAACUGAGGAAGCAAGUCAGCUUUUGAUGGAAUUAUUGAAGAAAGGAGCUGUUCCUCAGGGGUUUGAUUGCUUUCAUUUGGUCGAGGCACUGUGUAACAAGAGAAGUUCAGAAAGAGCCUUGGAAGUGGUAUAUUCUUUGUGGAAGGAGGGCAAAUUUUCGAGCAACGUGACCUGCACUACUUUAAUCGAGGGAUUGAGAAGCUCAGGCAAGAUAGAUGAAGCGUAUGGUUUGAUGGAAAGAAUGCUGCAGGAAGGGAUGGUUCCUGACACCAUUACCUGCAACACUCUUUUGGAAACACUUUGUGAUGUUGGAAGGACUUUGGAUGCAAACCGAUUGAGAGUCUUGGCAUCAAAAAAGGGUUUAAAGCCUGACAGUGUGAUGCUCAGCAUACUGGCUCAUGGAUUCUCAAGAGAGGGGAGAAAAAGAGAGGGUGAAUGUGUUGUCAAUGAGAUGCUGGAUGCUGGAUUUAUACCAAACAUUGCAACCUAUAACAAAUUGAUGGAAAGGUUGCAAACCAGAAGGAAACCUCACUCUUCAUAGUGGCAAGACCAAGCAAACCUGAUGCGCUUCAUCACCUGUUAUAGGUCUCACCUUUUUCCAUAGACUUUCAAUAACUGACUUAAGGAAAGUACAUGGCAUCACGUUGAACAAAUUCUUUGACAAUCAAUGGAAAUUUUGACCUGCAGAAAUUCUGAGAUGUGCAAGGCCUUGAAUUGCAGCCUCCUAUUAUUCAAGUUCGUGAUCUGAAAUCACACUGUGAAACAACAUGGAAACUUUUUACAGGUCCAAUUACUUCUUCUGGCCUUGAGUAGAAAACAAAGUGAAGGAUGCACUAAAGAGGGUAAAAAAGUUAAAAAGAAUUGCUGCAGAAGAAACGGCAAACAUUUGGAAACAAUCAACAAAGCUGAUAAAGUGAAGCAAUUGCUUCUGAAAGAGGUCCUGGAUACUCAUAAAACAGUUGUAUCAGGCAAGGUGUCAUCUGAGAAAUAAGAUGCUUUUCUUAAAUGGCAAAUGGUGCAGCACAAAUUAGAGUUUGCCACUGAUAAAUUUUCUAAGCCAAUAAGAUAAGUGAGUGAAAUUCUAGUAAUGUAUACAAGUGCAAUCUUGAUCAGACCUCUGUAGAUGUCAAGGUUCUCUGACAAGAUGCAUGGAACAAGAAAGAGGAAGUUUACUAGAGAGGUUCAAAAUUCUUAGCCAACUUUGUCAUGUAACAUGUUUAUUGUUGCGGCUGCCUGGAUUAUUGUCAUAUUGUAUACUGUUACAUGACGCCUAGAAGAUCAAAUAUUCAUUUGGAAUGACAAAGACUCAACUUCUAUGAAUUAUCUGAUACCAAAUUCUUUUUGAACAUAACCCGGGGACUUGCUUUUCUACGUGACAACAAGCCUGAACCUAUUGUUCAUCCUUCGAUUGGAACCAGGGAACAUUUUGUCAGCUAGGAGCUAAACAAGAUUGGCGAUGUUGGACGUCUCCUGUCCUGUUGUGCCUGAUGGUUGCAUCGUGUGCAAAAGAAACUAUUCUUCCUGGUACAUCUUAUGACAUGGAUCCUGGAUAGCAAGGAACUGGCAGUGUUUGUCCCAGCAAGCUCACUGACAGGGCUUACCCAAUGGCCCGAUGACGCGGAAAAGGCACUGAAAUGAGGAACAUUAUCUGAUGUGCUUGACCAAUAAAUAGCAGAUUGGUCUCUUGCUGUGGCAGAGUUUAGCCAAGUUUUCUUUACAGAGUUCAAGCCCGAGAUGGUUGCAUCCUGAUUCAGAGAAAUUUCCAGAUUUGAGGAUAUAUAAAAAUCGAGGGAAUGGUUAUUUUAAAUUGAGGCAACACAAUAUAGAUGCACAAAAAAGAUUGUAUCUAUCCAAUGAUACAGGUAAGCUCAAAUUGGAUUCUUUUUCCCUAA